UAAACUCUUUUAUUUAUUUUUUGAGUACUUUAGCCCUUAUUAUUUUUAAUGAUGCAAAAGAGCCCUUCAACUUUUUUAAUUGUUAUUUACCUGGUGCCUUUAUAAAACAGCAGAUUUGAACAUUCAGGAGGCAGCAGAAGGUUAUGGAGGAAGAGGAGUUACGGUCACAGUUACAGGCAGCUCUUCAAAAUCAGGAUUUAGCAGUUGCUAAUGUUACAGACAAAGGACGGAGUUUAAUCACCUGCAAGGAUUUCCAUCCAGGAGACGUAAUAAUAAGCCAAGAGCCUUAUGUUUGUGUGCCAAACAACUCAUCAACUCAAUCGAGAUGCGAUGGAUGUUUCAUUUCAAGUAAAAAUCUUAAGAAAUGCUCAAAAUGUCAAGUUGUUUGGUACUGUAGCAGCACUUGUCAGAAGUUAGAAUGGAAGUUGCAUCGCGUUGAGUGUGAUGCUCUCUCUAAGCUUGCUAAGGAUAGGCGAAAACAUGUUACACCUUCAUUACGUUUAAUGGUCAAACUUCUCGUUCGAAGAAAAUUGCAAUUUGAGAAGAUAGUUCCUUCUACUGCUACAGACAAUUAUAGAUUGGUGGGGGCGUUGGUGUCUCACAUGAAAGACAUCGAUGAGAAGCAAGUGGUGCUAUAUGCACAAAUGGCCAACCUUGUCAACUUGGUCCUUCAGUGGCCUGAUAUUAAUUUAAAAGAUAUAGCAGAGAAUUUUUCCAAGCUUGCUUGCAAUGCUCAUACCAUUUGUGAUAGUGAAUUGAGACCAGUGGGCACAGGACUGUAUCCUGUUGUUUCCAUAAUUAACCACAGCUGCUUGCCCAGUGCUGUUUUAGUAUUUGAGGGAAGGUUGGCUGUGGUGCGUGCUGUGCAGCAUAUACCAAAAGGUUCUGAGGUGCUGAUAAGUUAUAUAGAAACUGCUGGAAGCACUAUGGAACGGAGAAAAGCUCUAAAACAACAGUAUUUUUUUACCUGCGCAUGUCCCCGGUGCAGUAAAAUGGGUCAAGAAGAUGAUAUUCGGGAGAGUGCAAUUUUGGAAGGUUAUAGAUGCAAAGAUAAUAGAUGCAAUGGUUUCGUGCUUCGUGAUUCUGAUGCAUAUGCAGAUGACAGAGGAUUUGUAUGCCAACAAUGUGGUCUCCUUAGGAACAAGGAAGAAGUAAAGAAGUUGGCAGCUGAAAUAAUAACAACUUCGGACAGAGCUUCCAAGUGUACAUCAUCUAGGGAUACACUGGAAGACAUUUCGGUAUAUAAGUUGAUUGAGAAACUCCAAAGAAAGUUGUGCCAUCCAUUUUCAAUUAGCUUGAUGCAAACUCGAGACAAGCUUUUAAAGAUGCUGAUGGAGAUAGAAGACUGGAGAGAAGCUUUAUCAUAUUGCAGACUGACCAUUCCUAUUUAUCAAAGAGUUUAUCCAGAAUUUCAUCCCUUGCUUGGUUUGCAGUAUUAUACUUGUGGAAAACUUGAGUGGUUACUUGGUGACACAGAGAAUGCAAUCAAAUCACUGACCAAAGCUGUUGAUGUACUUCGGAUAACUCAUGGGACUAACACAUCCUUCAUGAAAGAGCUUAUAAUGAAGUUGGACGAAGCAUGUGCUGAACGAUCCCACAUUCGUGCAUCGAGAGAUGAUGAGUAGUUAAGUCUCUUAUCAUUUGAACAAUAAAUGUCUGUAAUUGUUAGUACUGAGUACUAACAUCUGUAUUGCUGAACGGCAAUGACCCGAGGACCGCUCUAAAAGAGAAGAAUUAAUCAGCAAGCCGUGUAAGUUAAAAUAUUCCUUACAAUUUUACUUCUGCUCAGUGUACUGCAAUUACUGUUAA